CUGACUGAAAUGCUGCCACCAUAUAUUUACGUUCAUGUUAAGCAAACAGAACCAGAAAAUUCCUCUCUUUUCAUCAGAUUACAAAGCGAUUGAUCAGCUGAAAACUCUCCCUCCAAUUUAAAGAUGGAAGCAGCAAAUGUCAUGGAUUCGGAAGCUGUUCAAAAGCCUAAAGUCAUCUACCGCUGUAAAAAGUGCAGAAGAAUCGUUGCUUCAGAGGAAAGCAUAGUUCCUCACGAACGCGGAAAGGGCGAGAAAUGUUUUAAAUGGAGAAAGAGAAGCGGGGAGAAGGAACCGGCCCAAUGUUCCUCCAUAUUUGUGGAGCCCUUGAUGUGGAUGCAACCAGUGCAAGAAGGGUAUGUGGAAGAGAAACUUCAGUGCAUGGGCUGCAAAGCUCGAUUGGGUUCCUUCAAUUGGGCUGGUAUGCAAUGCAAUUAUGGAGCUUGGGUUAAUCCUGCUUUUCAGUUGCAUAAAAACCGGUUAGAUGAGUGCCAUAUGUGAACUGUCCCAGCCUUGUAAAAGUCGAUUAUUGGGUUGAUACUCAGAGAUUAACAUUUGUAGAUGAUUUUUAAGAUUUUUUAGUUAGCCUCGAUGAAUUGAUGGUUAUUUUUAUGAAAUUACUGCUUCUGUUUUCUUUUCUUCAUGCGCCCAUUUGCGGUGAAGAAUGGGAUAAACUGAAUUUUAAUCAAUGGAUGGACAGCUGACUGGAUUUUGUUUAUGACAA